AUGGCUGACCUCGAGGAAGCCAGGGAAUUCCUCGUCGCUGCCUUGCAGCAGCCCGCUUCCGUUGUGAGCGUGCGUGUCGCAGCCGGACGCCAUCUUCUAUCAUCCCCAGCCAUCCUUAAAGAUGAACAAGCAUAUGCCAUCGCCAAAACAACAAUCGACUUGAUUCCCCUCUUGACUCCUCGUUCUCUGCAAAACUCGGACAAACGGCACCUCCUCUCUGCGGCCGUUGGACUAUCAUCGGACGCCGCAGCCAUCGCUCUUCAUGCCAGCAGAGGUCCUGCUGCUGCCAUCGAACUGCUUGAAACUGGUCGUGGUGUCAUCGCGGGAGCCUUUUUCGAGCAAUCCGACCUUGCCGCUCUCGAACGCGAGCAUCCCGAACUGGCGCGUUCCUUUAUUGAUCUGCGAGAUCUACUAAACGCGCCCGCGCCGGCAGGCUCCCUUGCUACGGCCGAGCGUCCUACAGGGGCCGCCGAGACGGAAAGCGACCGGCACCGCGACGCUGGGCCCCAGCUUUCCGGCCUCAUCGAAACAAUCCGUUCCAAGUCUAGUUUCGAGCGAUUUCUCCUCUCCGCGUCAGAAGCCGACAUGCUAGAGGCUGCACGGCACGGCCCGAUCGUCGUCCUGAACGUCAGUUUGUAUCGCUGCGAUGCUUUGGUCAUUCAACAGUCGGAUGCAGGAUCUGGCGUUCGCUCCGGCAUCCGACUGCUGGAGCUGCCACGCCUCUCCCGAGACGGCCUCAACGACCAUACCCGGGAACUUGAAACUCCCGAUACGCUUGGAUGGCUUUGGGAUGCCAUCGUCUGCCCCGUUCUUGAUGCCCUAGGCUUCACUGGGCCUCCGUCGGACAGUCAGUGGCCGCACGUGUGGUGGGUUCCUACCGGCACGCUGACCCGGUUUCCACUUCAUGCAGCGGGACACCAUCUCAGGCGCACCGGCGAGACGGCGGUCGACAGGGUCGUAUCAUCGUACGCCUCGUCCGUCAAGGCGAUCAUACACAGUCGGCGACGGCCACACCAAGCACCAGCAGCCGGAGAGUCCCGAAACGCCGUUAUCGUUGCCAUGCAGAACACGCCAGGACAACAACCCCUCAGAUAUGCGGACGACGAAGUUGAUGCGGUGGUAUCUGUUUGCAAGGAAAUGGGAUUGUCGCAUGACCGUCCUCGACCGUACAAGGCCGAUAUUUCGUCGGCCCUGGAGGCCUGUCAGAUGUUCCACUUUGCCGGCCACGGCAGCACGCAUCCUACAGAACCGCUGCAGAGCCAGUUGCUCCUCGAUGACUGGGAUCUGGGGCCAUUCACGGUGGCAAGUUUACUAGAGACCAACCUUACCUCGAAGCCGCCGUUCCUCGCCUACCUUUCGGCGUGCGGGACUGGUCAGAUCCUGAAUGAGGAUUCUGUUGACGAGAGCAUUCAUCUGGCCAAUGCUUGCCAGCUGGCGGGGUUCCGUCAUGUGGUCGGCACGCUUUGGAGCGUGGAUGACGGACUUUGUGUGGAUAUGGGGGGGAUGACGUACGAGUUUCUGCGGGAUGAAAGGAUGGGGGAUGGAGCGGUAAGCCGGGGGCUUCACCGGGCGAUGAGGACGCUCCGAGACCAGUGGUUGGACGGCGAGGAAUCCGGGGGUGGAAGGUCAUGGCUGUCGGGAGCGGCAAGGGGACGCUGAAGUAAGCCAGGGGUCGGAGACGAGGCGGCCGCUCUGGGUUCCUUAUGU